UCAGGUGAUUUCUACGCCGACCGAUAUAUUUAUGAUCAUGGAGUACGUUAGCGGCGGAGAGCUGUUUGAUUAUAUUGUGAAUAACGGCAAGUUGCAGGAAUCGGAAGCGAGGCGAUUCUUCCAGCAGAUCAUCUCCGGUGUCGACUACUGUCAUCGCCACAUGAUCGUGCACGACUUGAAGCCGGAGAAUCUACUACUGGACCAUAAUCGUCACGUAAAGAUUGCCGAUUUCGGACUCUCGAACAUGAUGCUGGACGGAGAGUUUCUACGCACAUCUUGUGGAUCGCCCAACUACGCUGCUCCAGAGGUUAUUUCCGGCAAACUGUACGCCGGACCGGAGGUGGACAUCUGGUCCUGCGGAGUUAUUCUUUACGCGUUGCUUUGUGGAACACUUCCCUUCGAUGAUGAGCAUGUGCCGACGCUGUUCCGAAAGAUCAAGUCUGGAAUUUUCCCCAUUCCGGAGUACCUGAACAAGCAGGUGGUCAGCUUGCUCUGCCAGAUGUUGCAGGUCGAUCCACUAAAGAGAGCCACCGUUGAGGAGAUCAAAAAGCACGAAUGGUUCCAGAAGGAUUUGCCGGCGUACCUGUUUCCGUCUCCGGUCGAACAGGACAGCAGCGUUAUCGAUACGCAUGCCGUUACGGAAGUGUGCGAUAAAUUUGGCGUAAAGGAACAGGAAGUGCACAACGCUCUGUUGAGUGGUGAUCCUCACGAUCAGCUAGCUAUCGCGUACCAUUUGAUCAUCGACAACAAACGCAUCGCGGACGAAGCGGCCAAGGCAGAGUUGAAGGAUUUCUACGUUGCCGGAAGUCCGCCGCCGGCACCGCCCAUGCCGGAAAAGCCUACACCAAGCAACAACGAGCCAUUUAAAUCGCCAUCAAUUCAUCCGGAACGUAUCGCCCCGUUGAGGGAACGCGCCGUCACCGUUGGCAGUGCCCCCAUUCCUUCUCCAAACAUAACGGCGACAGCCAUUCCGGUGGACAAACACCGUGCAACCGGAACUCCGGUAAAACGAGCCAAGUGGCAUCUGGGCAUUAGAUCGCAAUCGAAACCGAACGACAUCAUGCUUGAAGUUUAUCGCGCCAUGAAGGCUCUUGAUUUUGAGUGGAAAAUCAUCAAUCCGUAUCAUGUGCGGGUUCGCAAACAAAACGCCCGCAACGACAAAUUUGUCAAAAUGUCCCUUCAGCUGUACCAAGUCGACGCGAAAAGUUAUUUGCUGGAUUUCAAAUCCCUCACCAACGAAGAGGUCGAGCAGGGUGAUGACGUGAUCAUGGAAAGCCUAACGCCACCGCCCCCGGUUGGCUUCGGUGGGAUGGGCAUGCCCAAUCAACCCACGGGACACCACACGAUGGAAUUUUUUGAAAUGUGCGCAGCCCUAAUCAUCCAGCUGGCUCGUUAAACUACUAUUUGGCUUUCUCUAUAUGUGUAUCGAAUCCGUUACUACCUAGAUUUAGAUCAGUAUCCAAAGUUGGUUUCACAUUACAACGUUGAUCAAUAUACGCCAUCGUGGAAGUAUUUUGUCUAUAACAAAUUUUUAAUUGUGUAUAAUAUAUCCGCUUGGGGAACCUAUUCAGCAAACAACUCAGCGCGUGUUGAUAUAAAUAAAACAUAUUCUGUUACAGAAAACCAAAAAAAAAAAA